AUGUUCGAAAAUUUAAGAAUGGAGGAGAAUGAGGUAUUUGAUGACUUCUAUGCAAAGUUGAGCGAUAUUGUCAAUACAUCAUUUACUCUAGGAGAACCUAUUGAAUCAAGCAAAGUGGUAAGGAAGAUUCUCAUAUCUCUACCUAAAAGAUUCACAAUGAAGGUGGCAGCAAUUGAAGAAAGCAAAGACAUUGAUAAAAUAAAGGUAGAAGAACUAGUUGGCUCACUACAAACUUUUGAGGCAAGUUUUCUAAAACCUAAAAAAUCAAAAGGUGUUGCUUAUCUCUCUACUAACGAUUCUAAUGAUACUGCUAAUGAAUUAUUACUAUUAACAAAGAGUUUUAAGAAAUUCAUGAAGAACAGGAACUCAAAGGAUUUCAAGAAGGAGGAAUCUUCAUCGUCCAAAGCUGAAAAGGAAAGUAAAGAACCAAAGUCCUCUCAAUGCUUUGAAUGUAAAGGAUUUGGACAUUUUGCUAAAAAGUGUGCAAAUCAGAAAAAGAAGCCGAAGGCUUAUCAGACCAUUUGGAACGAUGAUACAGAAGAAGAAUCAGAUGCUGAAUCAGAAAAGGAAAUCAAAGAAUUGAAAGAAGAAAUAGCUGAGCUGGAGGCGUUGAAGAAACCUGAUGUAACCUCUGAUAUAGCCUACUUUACCGAGGCUGAAGCAAAAAGAAAAAGCAUGCUGAAAAAGAACAUACUUGAUAUGCAAAGGACGAGUAAGGAGACGUUUGUACUUGGAUACGAAGUAGGUGAAAGUUCACAAAUGAGUGCACAAAACAAGACCCCAAAAUUUGUGAAGUUUGUUUCUUCCACCUCUCGAACUUUGGAGCAGGGAAAUCAAAAGUGCAAUAUGUCAAAAGUGGCGAAUGCUAAAAAUGGGAGAGCACCUACUCAGUUAAGGUAUGAAAAUGUUUAUCGGUUUGGCUGCACAGCUCAACCAUUCCAUCCUCAAUCAUUUUAUAGGAGGCAAAUUUCACAAAGGUUUCAACCGCUAGCUGAAGAUGUAUCUCAGGACAGGUUACCAGAUAGGUUACCCAGAAAGCUACCUGAGACAAAACAGCCUACACAAGCACCUCAAGCGAAUAGACAAUGGGUCAAGAGUUCAAGGUGCAUGUUUGUCCAGACAACGUUAGCUGCAUUCAAGACUAAUUCCUGGUACCUGGACAGUGGUUGUUCUCGACACAUGAGCGGUAACAAAUCAUUUUUCACAUCUUUUGAGUCCUUCGAUGGUGGAAAGGUAACUUUUGGUGAUGGUAGUCAAGUUGAAAUAAAAGGUAAGGGCAUGAUAAGAGCUUCUGAUGAAUGCAUCUUAAAAAAUGUUCUGUAUGUUGAAGGUCUCAAAGCCAACUUAAUCAGUAUUAGUCAUUUGUGUGAUUCAAAAUACUCUGCCUUGUUCACAAAGCGAUUUUACAGGAUCUACAAUGACAAAUAUACGUGCAUCUUAAAGGCUAAGAGAUCUUCGGACAACUGCUAUACUAUCCCAACUGAAGCUGAUUUUUCAUGCAAUUCUUUUAUUGUUUCUACCACAGACAGGUUGUGGCAUGAAAGACUUGGGCACCUCAACUAUCAAGACUUGAAGAACUGUCAAAUAAGGAGGUGGUACAAGAAAUACCAAGGAUUGGCUUAA